AUGGCUUACAGAGGAGGAAGAGGACGAGGAAGAGGUGGCUUUGGCGUUGAGUAUGCAAAGGCUGAACCUUUUCUGAUUUUCCCCGUAAGUUCCAGACUUUACGCUUUGAUUCAUCUCAUCUUAAAUCUAUUGAUGAUCUUCUUGUUUCAGGACAUUACCUUACCUGACCGUAAAUCAAUCUCAAACGAUUACCAAUUACUUAAGAGCUUCAGUUCUUUUGAAAUGUUCUUGAAAACUUCGGCCUACCACUUAGGCGAUGGAGUUUCAAAGAAAGAGAGCGAGAAUUUAGACAUUGAGAGGUUUUCAGACACGUUGAAGCCAAAGAAGAUGAAGUCUAAUGAGAGGGGAUCUUUCUGUGACUUUCUUGUUCUUAGACCUGAUAACUUCCCUAAAGAACUUCUUGGAGAUACUCGAAGAGAACGGCCAGUGAAGAGAGCAAGAUGGACUCAAGACGCAGAUCUGCAGAAGCUGGAAGUCUUGGAGAAGCUUGAAGCAAAGCUUAAGGCUGCUGAAGGGAAGGAAGAGCAUGAAGAAGAAGUUGAUGAAGUUGAGGAAUCUGAGGGAGAAGACUCUGAGAAUGGAGAUUAUGAUCAGAAUAAAGACUUUGAUGAUGAUGACGACGAUUAUAACAAGCUGGAAGAUAAUGAUCAUGAAGAAUUGUAUUAGUAAAGCUUCUUCUUCUUCGUCAAAAGACAAUAGAGUUGUCCUCAAGCUAACGUGAGAAUUCAAUUAUGUCAUCAUACAAAUAACUUUACACCUCCUAGAACUAUGAUUUGGUAUUAGGGCUUGCCUUUGGCUUUUGUUGCUUUCAUUUUUCUUUUCUCUUUUCUGUUUCUUUUGCUCUUAAAUCUCAUGAGCCUCAAUAAAAAUGCACGAAGGAUUAGUUUUGUUUCUUUCAAAUCAUAAUGGGAACCGAAACUAAAAUUACAGAGCUAAUUAAGGUCCGAAUAAAAAGAGCUAUGCGUUGGA